CUCUCUCUCUCUCUCUCUCUCUCACUACGUCUCUAACUAUGGGAGGAAACAAUGUUCCGCUCCAGAAGCAAGUGAAAGUAGAUGAGAAGCCAGCACUAACAUGGGAUGAUCCAGCGAUGGCUCUUGCAGCCUCACGCCAUGAGUUUGGCGAGCACGGCGGCGUCAACAUGUCAAUUGAGGCUUCAGCAACAUUCAUAGUCAUGGAACCAAAGACUAUGGACAAAAUGUUCGCCGGUGAGUCAGGCCCCAUAGAAGACUACUACAUCUACAGCCGUCAUUUCAACCCUACUGUCAUGAACCUCAGCCGUCAAAUGGCAGCCUUAGAAGGAACAGAGGCUGCAUACUGCACUUCAAGUGGUAUGGCUGCAAUCUCAUCAGCUAUUAUGCAGAUAUGCAACGCUGGUGGACAUGUUGUAGCAUCGAAUUGCUUGUAUGGUGGGACUCAUGCUCUUCUAAACCACUUUCUUCCAAGGGUUUGCAAUAUAACUACAACUUUUGUGGAUGUUAGAGAUCAUAAAAUGGUGAAGGAAGCAAUAGUGGAAGGAAGGAUUAAGGUGCUUUUUCCGGAAUCCAUGUCAAACCCUACUCUUACUGUUGCUAAUAUUCCUGAACUAUGUAGGAUUGCAAAUGAUAAAGGGGUGAAGGUGGUGGUAGAUAAUACCUUCACUCCCAUGGUGUUGUCCCCAGUUAGGCUCGGGGCUGAUGUCGUCGUGCAUAACCUCUCCAAGUAUAUCAGUGGCGGGGCUGACAUAAUUGCAGGUGUUUCUCGAGUGAAUAAUGGAUAGGGUGAUGAAGUACUCAGUCAAUUAUGUUUGUUUGGACUCUAGAUUAUAUAUAUUUGCAGUAGUUUAUAUAUAUAUAUAUAUAUAUAUGUUGCAGGGUUUUUAUCCAUCAUCAUCAUUAAUAAAGACUUUGCAUUUGAUAGAUAUCUCUCAUUCUUCAUGGAUAAGUGCACUUGAAUUAAUUAAUCUUAAAGGAGGUAUAAUGUAGGAGAAACCUAAAUUGAAUUGAAACUUUUUUUUAUCUGAUACAAUGGGUCGAUCCUCAUCCAGUAUAGGGUAUUAAAAAAAAAUAAUAAUAAUACAAUAUGGGUUUAGGGUUACCUCUUAAGUGCCACAAUCGAAGCACCUCCAAAGGUUCACACCAUUUCAACAUUGAAUCCAUCAAAGUAGGAAUCAUCUUCAAUCAAUACUUUGAUGGAGAAGAAUAUUGCGGAAUCCUCCAUCUAAAAAUGGUAAUCACCAACAGUUGGAGAGAGAGAGAGAGAGAGAGAGAGAGAGAGAGAGAGAGAGAGAGAGAGAGAGAGAGAACCCUUCUUCUCAAAAUCAUUGAGCUAUAUUAUGACAAUUUUCUUUCCUCUUAAGGCUUUUAUAUAGCCAAGCAUGAUUUCUUUCCUUAUUAGGUUGCUAGUGAUAAGUGGUGUCAUCCUAUUGAAUCGUAUGCCAAGGUAUCCUACACUGAGUCUCACACAGUCUAAUUUUAUUAAUCACAUUCAAGUGCACCUUACUUUUCUAAUAACCACAAAACCCGUAAUUAAUA